GUUAGCUUUGGCAAGUUGUCUAGAACUCCCGAAACAAACACAUAAUGAACUCUGUUGAUUGAAAUGGUGCCACAUCAGUUCAAUCUUCUAUUUAGCCUCAGCCGUAUUGAAGCCUUGAUUGUGUUCACAAUUGUGUGUGAUGUGUUUGGUGAAGACGAGUCGGUGUCUGUGAAAGAGGGAUUUUCAGUCACUCUAAACACUAAUGUUACAACAGGCCAAUGGGACAUAAUUAGAUGGUAUUUUAAUGACACUCUCAUUGCUCACAUAACUGCUCAGAAGAUCUGUACAGAUGUUCAGUGUAAUGAAGGUACUGAGAGAUUCAGAGACAGACUGAAGGUGGAUCAUCAGACUGGAUCUCUGAUCAUCACAAACACCACAACUGAACAUGCUGGAGAUUAUAAACUACAGAUCAGGAAUCCACAACAAAGUGAAAAAUCUUUCAAUAUAACUGUCCUGGGAGUUUCUGCUGCUGAACAAGAUGAAAUAAAGAGAAAAACAGUGAAGGAGGGAGAAUCUGUAACUUUAGAUGCUGGUGUAAUAAAAAACCCAAAUGAUGUGAUGAUGUGGUAUUUUAAUGACACUCUCAUCGCUGAAAUCACUGGAAAUCAGAGUAAGAUCUGUACAGAUGAUCAGUGUGAUGAGAGAUUCAGAGACAGACUGAAGCUGGAUCAUCAGACUGGAUCUCUGAACAUCACAAACACCAGAACCACAGACUCUGGACUCUAUAUACUAAAGAUCACCAUCCGCAUCCAUCGCCGUCGCCGCCGCCACAGCAUCACCAGUGAAACGAGCUUCCAUGUUGAUGUUAUUGCUUUUCCAGGUUCAGGUCUGUCUUCAGCUGCUGUAUCAGGAAUAUGUGUUGGUGUUGUUGUUUUUGCUUUUUGUGUGAUUUACGUUUACUGCAGGAAACAUAAAAAAGAGACAAGUAUCAUCUAUUGAUAGCAGAGGAAAACACUGUCUGUCUUUGUCCGUCUUAAAAUGUAAGCUCACAUGUAAUCAGAUUUAAAGCUUUAUCUAUCGAUAUAGGCUACUGAUAUUUCUUUUUGCUGUUUAAAUGCAUUAUAUGCACUUUAUAUUCCUCAAUCUCUUAAUCUUGGGCAGAAAAGAGGGUUAAAUCAUUGUUACGAUCAUCAGCUAGUGAUGUUGCGUUCGUGAACAAAUCGUUCUUUUUGAACAAAUCUUUUAGGUGAACAAAUUGUUCUUGUUCAUGUACUCCACUGACUCAUAUUUCUCGUUCACUUAAAGUAUUAGUUCACUUUCAAUUCCUAAUAAUUUACUCACCCUCAUGUCAUCCAAGAUGUUCAUGUCUUUCUUUCUUCAUUUGAAAAGAAAUGAAGGUUUUUGAUGAAAACAUUCCAG